AUGGGUUUACGACCAGCACAGGCCGCCCGCUUGCCGCGACUAUUCGUUACCAAAGCAUAUCACACAACCCCCAUUUCUCACUCCCCAUACAAGGACUCACAAGAUAGAAAGUCGCUGAAUCCACGGUCGGCGGAAGCUACGAAGUCCGGCAGAGAUGAUGAUGUUGCUGGUGCUCCAAAGGCCGCGUUUGGCCGAGGAAUAACUUCGCCAGAGGGCGAGCGUGCGACGGCUACCAAGGAAGAGGGUGGCGAUCCGCUGGAAGCAAGCGGUGCCAACCAGGACCUGAGUAAGCCUCAGGGAGAUGAGAGAUCUGGGCACGCGACGGGCGCAGGCAAGGAGAUCGGGAAAGGGGGGAAGAGCGGUGGCGGCAGUGCACCAAAGAACGCCGGUACGAGCAAGCGGUAUUGA